GCCACAAACACGCAUGCGCCAAAUGCUUGCCGCUGUCCCGAAAUCGGCUGGGGCGGACAAAAUGGCGACAGCGAUGGAUGUGGAUGCACCGAGUACGACCAACAGCGGCGGCAAGAAGCGCUUCGAGGUUAAAAAGUGGAAUGCAGUAGCUCUGUGGGCCUGGGACAUUGUGGUAGAUAACUGUGCUAUCUGCCGAAACCACAUUAUGGAUCUGUGUAUAGAAUGUCAAGCAAACCAGGCUUCAGCAACUUCAGAAGAAUGCACUGUCGCUUGGGGUGUGUGUAAUCAUGCAUUCCAUUUUCACUGCAUUUCGCGUUGGCUGAAGACCAGACAGGUUUGCCCACUGGAUAACAGGGAGUGGGAGUUCCAGAAGUAUGGCCACUAAAUGUAACAGCAACACGUUGUUUAGCUGCUCUCAGCUGUUUCUCUGCUGACAGACCUGCCCUGUUAGCUUCCCACCCAUCUCAGCUCACCUGAGCGGUCUGACAGCUGUGUAUUCCGAAGACAAGGACUUUAUCAUAAAUGGUGUUUUUUUUUAAGAAAUGCUCUUUAAUUUUGCUGGUUGCAGACUUUUUGUUAAAAAAUAGCUGAAAAUCUUGAAACUGUACCCUGACUGUGCAGGUGGAGAGCCAAAGGUGCUCUCACACAGACUGCUUUUCUGUGCUAACAAAAAUAGCAGAAUGUGUGAGGGUUUUCUGUGGCUCUUCACCUAAGUAUUAUAUUUAAUAAAUUAAGGUUGGCAAAAUA